AUACUGCAGAGUGUUGUUAACGUAAUCGCUUCGCAAGGUGAUGCCGGCAAUGAAGCGAAAGAAGAACUGGGCCGUCUACUCAAUUCGAUAGCCUCGUUCAGCGAUGGUCGAAAUUAUCUGCUGGUCAAUAACCAGGGCAAACAGUUAAUUGCUACUCUAGCAGCAGGUCUCAAAACGAAAAAAUUACAUCACAGUGCCGGAGAGCAGGCGCUUGCAACACUACAGAAACUCAGCAUAAGGUCAUCCGUGCAGAAAGAACUGGUUCAACUGGGAAUGCUGGAGUGGCUCUCGAUUUACCUGGGUGGUAAGCCGAGUCCCGCGGCACUGGACUAUGGCUGUGCGCUGUUACUCAAUUUAUGUCUACAUCCGUUUGGGCGAUCAGCUGCCUCACGUGCUGCCACCAUUUUUAUGGCAACAAUUGCAACCUUAAUGGCUGAUCUUAAAUUACCGGUGUGUUAUUAUGUGAACGGUGUACUGUAUUCGGUACUUGGCGUAGCUCGCGUGAGAGCACGUGCGCGGGAAAUCAACUUGGCAAAUAUUGUAAAAGAAAAAAUGGAGCAGAAUCAUUGCAGUGAUGAUGGCAAACAGCUUCCAACAAUUUUCAAAAUUCUUAUUGGUGGUAAGAAUUUAAUAAGUAUUAACAAUCAAAAUUGUUUGAGCCAGCAAUUUUCCGUAGAAAACAGUUACUUUGGCCGAAAGGGCCACUGUUCCCUACUGUGGUUUCUAAACUGA